AUGAGUUUCGGAAAUCAAGACUUGAGUCUAAGGCUAAAACCAAAUGAACAGCGAUAGCUAAAAGAAGAAAUAUAAACUGAUAGGAAAUCUAUAGAUAGAAUAAAUAAGGUAAACAAAAGAAGCAAACAAUAAGUCCAAGAAUCUCCAGGUUUCUGGAGCGGAACGAAGUUUUGUUUAGUGCCAGCCCUCCACUGCAUAGCACGUUGCUAUAAACCACUAGGAGCACGGUAUAUCGCCCCAAUCUUCCUCUUGCUGUUGUGAACAAUAGCGGGAAAAUUGUUAAGUGGUUGCCAGCGUUGCUCUACACCGAUCGUCUGAAAGCUAAGGCAGAAAAUUCUUCAAGGUCAAGAAAAUGAACUCCAAGAUUGUAGCUUUGCUCACUUUAUUUGCCCUGGCUCCAUUAGCCCUGGGCAGAAAUUUAGGCUUCUGGCGAUUGUUCGAUGGACCCGCUGACAAAUGCAGCGUUUUUCCUGACGACCGCAAUGAUUGUGGAUGGUAUGGUAUUGACGAGUACACCUGUGAAGGCAGGGAGUGUUGCUAUGACGACACCGACUACGGCUAUAACACUAUAACCUGCUUUUAUCCAACUGAUGACAAAUGCUACGGAAUUGUUCCGGAGGAACGAGAAGAUUGCGGCUAUUUUGGGAUACAGCGUGAACAAUGCGAGAACGAACAAGGUUGUUGUUUUGAUCAUACAGUACCCAACGUGCCUUGGUGCUUCAAGGGUGCGAAAGCACCAACUGAAGCACCAACUGAAGAAACUACCGAGGAACCAACUGAGGAACCUACCGAGAAGCCAACUGAGGAAGAUAACAAAUGUGACGAAAUUAUCCCAGACCAACGAGAAGAUUGCGGCUAUUAUGGGAUAGGACGGAAAGAAUGCGAGGACGAGCGAGGUUGUUGUUAUGAUGAAACAGUACCCGACGUGCCUUGGUGUUUCAAGGGUAGUGAAGAACCCACCGAGGAACAAAAUGAGAAACCUACCGAGGAACCAACUGAGGAGCCUACCGAGGAACCAACUGAGAAAGAUAACAAAUGCUAUGGAAUUGUCCCGGAGGAACGAGAAGAUUGUGGCUAUUAUGGGAUAGGACGGGAAAAAUGCGAAACCGAGCGAGGUUGUUGUUUUGAUGAGACAGUACCCAACGUGCCUUGGUGCUUCAAGGGUAACGAAGAACCCACCGAGGAACCAACUGAGGGGUCUACCGAGGAACCAACUGAGGAACCCACCGAGGAACCAACUGAGGAACCCACCGAGGAACCAACUGAGGGGUCUACCGAGGAACCAACUGAGGAACCUACCGAGGAACCAACUGAGGGGUCUACCGAGGAACCAACUGAAGAAGAUAACAAAUGUGACGAAAUUAUCCCGGACCAACGAGAAGAUUGUGGCUAUUAUGGGAUAGGACGAGAAGAAUGCGAGAACGAGCGGGGCUGUUGUUUUGAUGAGACAGUACCCGACGUGCCUUGGUGCUUCAAGGGUAGUGAAAAACCCACCGAGGAGCCAACCGAGGGAUCUAAUGAAGAACCAGAUGAAUCUUCCGCCUGAGGGUCGUUCCUGAUGCAGUUGCACAAAAAGAAUGUCAUGCAAAAGGAUAUAGGAAACCGAUCAUCGCCAUUUUCUUCAUUUUUUCCUUCUUUUUGUGUAACAGAGUCAGAACUGCUGAAUAAAGAUUCAUCAAUCAUA